UCCACGUGCAGAGCCAUGGGGGUGCUGAUGUCCAGGCGGCAGACGGUGGAGAGGGUGCAGAAGGUGAGCUUGGCCGUGUCAGCCUUCAAGGACGGGCUGCGGGAGCAGCCGUCGACGCGGCGGCGCGCAGGGGCAGGGGACGGCCGUCGGGGGACGCUGGAGCAGUCGGUGCAGGAGGCGGAGGACGAGGCUUCGGCAGGGCCGUCCCAGCCCGAGGAGAUCAGCGCAGGGAAGGCGGCCUGGGAACGGCUGCGGAACGGACGGGGUGUGGAGCCGGAGGAGUUCGACAGGGCCAACAGGUUCACGCCUCCGGCCUUCGUCCGGCCAAAGAGGGAGCUGCGCGAUGAUGAACCCCCCGACAUCGGCCUGCAGAGGGAGCAGGUCCAGAACGAUGAGAUGUGUGAGAUCUGUGAGGUGUGGACGGCCGAGAGCCUGUUCCCGUGCCGCGUCUGCAGCCGGGUGUACCACGACGGCUGCCUGCGCCGCAUGGGCUACGUGCACAACAACAGCGCCGUGGAGGUGACGGAGACGGCGCACACCGAGACGGGAUGGAGCUGCUACUACUGCGACAACCUCAACCUGCUGCUGACGGAUGAAGAGAUGUACAGUCUGAUGGAGACCAUGAAGCAGUGCAAGAUCAUUCCAGAGACCUCCCUGUCCCUGGAUGACUUCCUGCACUACAAGCACCUGGUGCACAAGCAGCAGUUCGAGCAGCCCAUGGCCGAGGCUCAGGAGGAGCAAGUGACCCUGCAGUUCUCUGCCCUGGACCCUGACAAGAAGGGGCACAUUGAGUGGCACGACUUCCUCUCCCAUGAGUCCAUCCAGCUGCUGCAGAAGCUCCGGCCACAGAACGCACUGCUGCGGCUGCUGACGCCCAAGGAGCGGGAGCGCGUGCGAGCAGCAUUCCUGGCCCUGGACCAGGACCACGAUGGCUUCAUCGGGGAGGCCGAGUGCCGCCGUGCCCGGCACUCCUGGUUCCGCAAGCACCACAAGGAGCCGCCAUCCUGCAACGUCAGCAUCAGCCACGUGGGGCCCAUAUCGGAGAGCAGCCCCACCAGCAGCAGCAGCAGCAGGAGCCUGGAGAAGACCCCGCGUGCGCCAGAGCAGGAGGAGCCCAGGCCCGUGGACUGGCCCGGCUUCCUGCGGGACAACGUCGCCUUCGUGCUGGCCGCCCGCCCCAACAGCGCUGCCCUGCACCUCCUGCCCCCCGCCUAA